GACCUCCGACAGAACGGUUCAGUUUUCUCCUUUCGACGUUUUACAACAUAUUUGUGUUUCAGGAACAAGGUCGUGAACAUACUGCGUACUGUACAUCGAAGAAUGCAUUUUAUAAAAUUCGUGCUGCCAGUGGGAUUUACUCAAGUUAUCCGAAAUUUUUCAGUUGCGGCAACGGCAAUGAGCGGAAACGACAGUUACAAAGAUGCGAAAUCAAUCUACGAUUUCACCGCCAAAUCCAUCAAAGGCGAAGACGUUCCUCUAACUAAAUACAAAGGACACGUGUGUUUGAUUGUAAACGUGGCAUCGAAAUGCGGUCUUACGGCGACUAAUUACAAGGAACUGAACGAACUAUACGACGAAUACGCUGAAUCCAAAGGCUUACGAAUUUUGGCCUUCCCUUGCAACCAGUUUAAUGGACAAGAGCCAGGAGGUAGCGAAGAGAUAUGCAGUUUUGCCGACCGACACAAGGUAAAGUUCGACCUGUUCGAAAAGAUCAACGUCAACGGCGACGACACGCAUCCUCUGUGGCAAUAUUUGAAGAAAGAGAAGGGAGGAACUCUGGGGAACUUUAUCAAAUGGAACUUCACCAAGUUCAUCGUGGACAAGGAGGGCAAAGUGGUGGAGCGACACGGCCCUAACGUAGAUCCUAGCAAACUGAAAAGCCAUCUCGAAAAAUAUUUCUAAUUCCGCGUACGGUUUCCAGAAUAUUUUUUCUACAUUUGCAACGAUACGUACUCUACUAUACAGAUAUAUAUAUAUAUUCAAGAAAAAUAUCACUGAACAAACUACAGAAACGAACAAAAUCGUCGACACAAUUAUUGUACAUCGUGCAUCGCAGAUCUUAGAUAUGCGGUAUUCACUCUACCAAAGCUUUAAUCCUCUGCUUUCAUGUCACUGAAAAUAUACUACUCUUAUAUAUUAUGAACACCGUAGGCUAGUCUUUUUUUAUUUGCCGAUAAAACCGUUCUUUCCGUGAAUAUCGACAAAUAUCUAAGUACUUCAGUACUCUGUGUAUAAGUGAAACAAUAAAAAGGGCAUUGC